UCAUCCUGAAACUUUACGAUUCGGAAGGGAGACAACGAGAGGGAGAAAAAAAAAGAAAGAGGAACAAAGAUCACUGUGGUGAUGAGAGUCGUUGCGGACCACGCAAAAUGGAGAUACUGUAUAGUUUUUUAGCUAUUCCCAGUACUCCUGAGCAACGUGUUCACCAGAAGCCGUCUCCUUGUUGUUUGCAAUGGCUUGGAAAAAUUUGAGCACAUACCCUGAUAAGAAUAACCCAAAUUCGCGCGUACAGCGCUGUAUCCCUGCGAUUUAAUAAGGCAAGGGCGUGUCCUUCUCACUCCCCUUUUCCACUCGAUUCUUUUUCGCCUCACAAAGUUUUUUUUUCUUUUAUAUAUGGACUCCUUAAUACCAUUAUACAGCCUUUUUUUCCCUUUUGUUUUCUUCUUGUUAUUUAUCUAUCAGUUUACUGCGGUGUAUUUCAUAUUUUAAAACCAAUCGUGACGUUUCAGUAUUACUAUGCCAUCAAUCAUGGACAUCUGCAUCUCUGCCGAAGAACGUGAAAACAAACAACGUAGCCAGAAAAUCGAUCGUGAACUUAUGCAAGACCAUCGACGCCACCAGCAAGAAUGUAAAAUUCUCCUCUUGGGAAGUGGAGAAUCCGGCAAAUCCACCAUCGUGAAACAAAUGAAAAUCAUUCAUCAGAAUGGUUACACCACUGACGAGCUUCGAGCGUGGAAACACACUGUCUACAAAAACCUGAUCGAUUCAGCUAAAGACAUCAUUAGCACGGCACAUAAACUCGAGCUUUCUUUUACUACUCUGUUGGAGGUCGAUAUGGACGUGAUUCGCGAAUAUACGUUGUCUGCCGAACCUUUUCACGAAUUUUCAGAGUCUAUUGUCAAUGCAAUCGAUAAACUGUGGAACGACCCGGUGAUGACUGAAUGUUUGGAACGGGGAUCCAGUCAAUUUUAUAUCAUGGAUUCUGCUCCUUACUUCUUAAGCCACCUGCAUCGGUUAACGAAACCGGGAUAUGUUCCGACUGUCGAUGAUGUACUGCACGCCCGCUUAAAGACCACCGGUAUCACUGAAACGCGAUUUUCCAUGGGGGAGUUGAGUGUUCACAUGUUUGACGUGGGCGGCCAACGAUCCGAACGUAAAAAAUGGAUUCACUGCUUCGAAUCGGUCACUUCCAUUAUGUUUUGCGUCGCUCUCAGUGAAUAUAAUCAAGUACUGCUAGAAGAAUCUCGACAGAAUCGCAUGGUUGAAAGUUUAGUUUUAUUUGAAUCGGUCAUCAACUCUCGAUGGUUUUUACGCACAUCCAUUAUUCUAUUUCUGAACAAAAUUGAUCUUUUUCGGGAGAAGCUGCAAAAGGUGCCUUUGGAUCUUUACUUCCCCGAUUACACGGGCGGCCCAUCCGCUGAUAAAGCCUGCGUGUAUAUCUUGUGGCGAUUCCAACAGACCAACCGAAUGAAACUCAAGAUCUAUGCACAGUUGACGCAAGCAACAAACACCUCUAAUGUAAGAACUGUUUUCAAAGUAGUGCAAGAUCGAUUGCUCAAAGAAUGCCUGACAGAUUCCGGCCUCAUGUGACCUCCAUUUUCUUCCUCUCCCCAAAAAAAAGCAUCAUCUCAUCUAUACCCCAUCCAAGCCGACCGUUUUACCCUACGUACUCAGGCCAUAUACUAUGUUAUAGAUCCAUUCAUUAAGUAUCCUAUAAUUCUUGCUUAUAGAAAUAUUUUUCAUUUCUCAUUAUUACCAUUACUACAAUAUAAUCUAUGAAAAUGAAUACUCAAC